AGGAUAAACAAAAAGAUGAUCAGGAACAAGCAGGGGAAGCUAAGAGUACUUUAUUUGCCAACAGUGACUUAUUUGAUGCUGAAAAUGAGGAGGAAAAUACACAAGGAGAGAACCAUAACAAGGAAGAUAACUCUGAGAGUGACAGUGGAGACAGCUCAGAUAGCAGCAGGGAGGGCAAUGAAGAUGAAGGAUUUGAUGAAUCUUCUUUGGAUCCAAAACUUCUGGCCAAAUUGAAGAAGGGAGCUGCAAAAAAGCCCAGUAGAAAGACAAAAGAAAAAUCCAGGAAAGAUGAACUUUUAGAUAUCCACAGUGAAACCCAGAGAAUUGUUAGAGAGAGUCGAGUUAACUUGCCUUAUCACCAGCCAGAACCCAAACCUUUGUCAGCUUUUUUGGCCAGAGCUUCCAGAAAGCAGGAACUAUACAAAAGUUUGCACAAUACAAGAGAUAUACAUAAGGCCAAGAUAAUGCAGCAGACAUUUGAAAAAGACAAAACAAAUAAAGAAAGUGAAGGCAAUAAGACAAUGCAGAGCACUUCAGAAAAGGUUACAGAAAAGACUUCAAAUAUCGAAGCAACAGAAGGAUCUGAAAAAAUAGUAAAAGACACAGAAGAGGAAAUUAGUGCACAGGAAAAUGUUUCUGAAGAUGCCAAAGAAAAACAUUUAUCUUCUGAAGUUCAUUUAGGAGAAGAUGAUCUUCCUGAUUUGGAGGAAAGAGAAAAAGAAGUCAGAGAAAGGUUGGGACAGAAUGACUCUCCCAAACUAUGGGAUGAGCAGGCUAAAUUGUCCCUCAAAGAUGAAGGUGGUGCUAAUUGUGAAAACUCAGUAGAUUCUGAAGGUGAUAUUUCAAACACUCAGUGUACCGAUUCUACAAAAACUCUGGAAAAACAAUCGGCCAAAUCCAAUUCAGAGGAGAUUGCUUCACAAAACAGGACAGAACACACCACAACUCAGGAAUCAAAGUUGUCUUUCUUGCUAGAACCUGACUUGCCACACAUGUCAGCCGUUCCUAAGUUAAGUGGGGGCCCUGAUGCUGUUAUCAGUCUAGAUGAAGAAGAAGAGGAGGAACCACAAAACCCAGGGGUCAGGAAACUUAUGGGGAGGUUUAUGGACCAUUGUAAAAAGAGGACCAAACAUGUCAACAAGGAUGUUGAUAUAAGAAUUGUUGAGAAAGACAAGGAUGAACUCCACAUGAAGACUUUCACUUAUCAUCCCACACAGGAAGAUGAGAGUUCUCUCCAAGCCAUUGAUGCACCAGGAGCAAAACUCGUAGCUCUUAAAGAGAAGCUUCAAGAGAAAAUGAAAGUGAAACGAGAGGAAUCUAGGAAGCAGAGGCAGGAUGUAUAUGACCUUGACAAUGAGGAAGGUUACACAGCAGAGGAUGAGGAUGCCAUCUUAGAUAACGAUGAUGAAAUGUCAGAACACUCAGACACUGAUGUGGAGGAUGAUGAAUUCGAUGAAGAGUUUGGCGAAGAUGAAGAAAUGGAAGAAGAAGAGGAAAGAGAGAAAGAGAAAAACCCCUUUGCUGAUGAUGAGGCAGAAGAAGAUGAUGGAGAUGAUGAUGGGGGCUGUGAAAGUGAUGAGGACGUUGAUAAUCUAAAACUUCAUCUGUCAGAUGAUGAUGAUGAUGAUGUUGUAGAGGAUCAGACAGAAGAUGAAAAAGACCAAGCAAUACAAAUCAAAUCUUCAGCAAAGAAAAAGAAGCCCCGAGUUUUGCAGAUUAGUGAUGAUGAGGAGAGCAGGGAUGUUACUGAGGAACAGGAAAAAGCCACUAAUGAGGAGGGGCAGAGUGGAUCAGAUCCAAAUAAAGAGAGAGCACAGGAGGACAAAACUGAUGACAAGGGUCUCUUUAAAGAACCACUUGAUGAUAUGUUUGUUCCUUUCUCUAUGCAUGGUUCACAGGCAACACAAGCUCAGGAGGUUAAGAGGACCAGCAGCCUGAUCCCCCCAGUGGAGGACUCCCAGGAUCUCUAUGGUACCCUCCCAGCCAUUCCCUCUACCUGUAUGGACAGCCAGCAAUCCCAGACCCUCAACUUCUACAUCGAGGAGUCCCAGUCUAGGAUGUUUGAUAAUGAUGGAUUUUUACGCACAGGUUCAACAGCCAAGAAACCAAAGUCUAAACCUUAUAUGAGUUUUGAUAUGGACUCUUCACAAGAGAAUUUUGAUGAACUCCUUGGUUUAUGUUCAGGGAGAUUCCAAGAAAAUGAUAAGAAAGGUUCCUGUAAGCAGCAGUUGUUUGGGACCCAGACGGAUACCCAGAACAACAUGGAACAGCUGAUGGGACUGUGCUCAGGAAAGUUUGCUGAGAGUCAAGUGGAUGGAGGGAGAUCUCAGAAGACUGGUGUGAAGAGGAAAUCUCCUUUAGAUGAAGAAGAAGAAGACAGCAGUGAUUCCUUCAAACUUGUGAGUGACAAUGAGGAGGAAGAUGAAGAUAAUAGAAAGAAUGUAUUCAGUGAUGAAGAGAGAAUAGAGGAGGAGGAGGAGGAAGAAGACGGUAAGGGACCUCAACAGGAGAAGUUCAAAGGAUUUACCAUUGCCAACAAACACGG